UUAGAUUUCAAAGUUUAAAGCUUAACUUGCUGACAAUUUGGAACAAUCUGAUAUGGCUAUUGUGCUAUUUCUGUAACAUUAUGUUAGCUUGAAUAUUAAUAUCGGAUUGUUUGGGUUUGUUUCUUAAAUCUUCAAAGAGUUUAAAACAUCAAAGCUUUUACUAAAUUCAUACUUUUGCAGGGAUAAAUAACAGAUGUGUCACCAAUUUUCCCUUGCUUAAAUGCCUUUAUCAUGAUUGGCUCCUUCAGCUUGAUACUUAGGAUGAAACUGAUAAAACUUGUCUUUUUCUACAUGAUACUGUUUUUCUUUCCUCAGGUUCAAUGCAAGUGAUGAAUAAAACAAGGCGGAUUAUGGAACAGGGAGGUGCACACUUCAUCAAUGCAUUUGUGACGACACCCAUGUGCUGUCCAUCCCGCUCUUCUAUUCUUACAGGGAAAUAUGUCCACAAUCACAACACCUACACCAACAAUGAAAACUGCUCAUCUCCAUCCUGGCAAGCCCAGCAUGAAAUUCGUACAUUUGCAGUAUACCUCAAUAACACAGGGUAUAGGACAGCUUUCUUUGGGAAGUAUCUAAAUGAAUAUAAUGGUUCCUAUGUGCCUCCUGGCUGGAAAGAAUGGGUUGGAUUACUUAAGAACUCUCGUUUUUACAACUACACGCUCUGUAGAAAUGGAGUGAAGGAAAAGCACGGAUCUGACUACGCUAGG